CUUAUCUCAGCUUCGUCAGAUAAAGUUCGAUCAACUUUCGGCGGCGCAGUAGUAAUUUCCAUCCCACACAGAACAGAAAUGGCAAGCAAAUUUGUUCGCGUGCCAGUGCGAUUGGCAACAACAAAUUGCACCAUUUCGAAGGCAUUGGCCCGACAGCCACCGACGGUGCGUUUGUACUGCAGUGCCACCGGUCCAUCCGGUCCCGUCAAGAGCUAUGUGAAAACGUGGUGGACGACCAAACUGUGCACUUGGGCACUUGUCGGAUCAAUUCCGAUCGGGUUGGUAUACCCCAACCGGGUCACCGAUGUCGUGCUAGCUACCACACUGGUAGCCCAUCAGCAGCUGGGACUGUCGGCCAUUGUAACGGAUUACGUUAACCCUAGAGCCCUGGGCGGUUUGGCGAAAAAGUCCGCCCAAGGUACGGUUCUGAUCUUGUCAGCUGCUACACUCGGGGGUUUGCUGCACUUAACGUUCAACGAUAUCGGGCUGAGCAAUACGAUUCGAAAGAUUUGGACCGUGAAGCCGAAGGAGCAGAGAACUCAGUAGGCGUGGUGAUAGUAAUACGAACGGAAAGUGAUGAAUAGAUGCGUUCUGUCGAUGCGAUUAGUUGUGAAAUUUUAUCGAUGUGUAGAGAAUUGGAGUACCUAGGUGCUUAAUUUUUAUUGUAUGUGUGUUGUUACUAAAAUGUUCCUGUAAGAAGAAAUGUUAUGGAACAUGAUUAGUGAUAAGUCUAGCUAUAUAAGGUGAAUAAAGGCUGCAUCAAUCAUCAGGGACUCGAGAAUAACUUAAGGGUACUUUAGGAAAAAUGUUUGAUCAUCUUGUUAGUGGCAAAUCGAUAAAAUUUCAUGAUUAAGCAAGUUUCAUCAAUUUUAGAUAGUUGUUUAGUUAAAGAAAGUUACUUUAUUUACGAAGUGAAAUAAAUUCCAUAGAAUAAAUUA